GGGAAAAUCAAAUUCCGUUAUUCAGUUCAGUCAGUCGCCGUGUCCGAACGUUCGCUGCCGUGUAGCUGUAUCUUUUGCGUGUGUGCCCGUUCCCCGUGCCCGUGCCCGUGAGUGCGUGUGUGCAGCCCCUGCUGCCUGUGCCAUUGUCACUGCACCGUUAGCAACCCCUCUCUCACAGGUUGACGCACUUUUACUCGCUGCUGUUCGUCGCUGCUGCUGCUGCCUGCCUGCCUGCCUGCCAGCCGCUGUCGUAUCCAACAGAUACUUUGCGUGCGCUUUCGAAUUCGUUUUCAAUUCAGCCACGUCCUGUUACGGGUGCAGACGCGUUGCUUCCGUUUUGAGAGUGCCACAAUAUCUGCCAAAGUUGCUUCCUGUUCCGCACAGAUACAGAUACUUACCCUAAUUACGCGCCGGAUUAAGUUAUUAAAACGGAUUUAGAAUCAACAGUCGGCGACGACCGCACAAAAAAGAGUCGAAUCGCAGCAAAUCCAAUCGAAUCCCAGCCAGUGCCCCCCGCGAGUGUCUGUUUGUUUGUGGAUCCCGUGUGUGUCCGUGCGCCCCGACAUCGGCGAGAGUUGGGCAUCAAAGUCGCAUUAAAAACAUAUCCCCGAGUUACUUAAAAUUAAUCACUAACAUAAUCACUGGGAUUUUUACUGUUUACUGAUCCGCCUCCCUGCCAGCAGCCGCGUGUGCGAAAACUAUAAACGGCUCUAUUAAAUGCUCUUUCGCAUUUGAUUAGCGCUUCAACACAACACUCACUCUGACACAAACUGGCAGCAAUCUGUUGCAACAACAGAGAUCAUCAACAGCUCCGCUCCGAUUCGGCUGCCCACGAUUUAUAGCCACCCACGCGAACAUAUCCCGAAGAUUUCCGUGUAAAGUCACCAAUGAAACUGAAAUGAAAGCAAUUUGAUUUAUUGCCCAGUGCCCACGACUUUUCCCACCCGAGAAAAGCCAUCUGAACUACAACCGACACGACCCAAAGGUUCGACUCCGAUCGAUCGAUCUGCCAUAGCGCCGACGGAAGUUCGUUCCAGCCGAUCGAACGGCCACCACCAAGUGGAUUAAUUGAAUUCUUUUCCCUAAAAUCAGAGCUGUGAGGCUCUGGAACGGCUGCAUCUUGGAUUUGCUCUCACCCCAGUUGGAAGAUACCGGCCUCAAGACGACGACAUUCUUGCAACACUUUAAGGACGUCGUCACGACGAAGUUCACCGGCAGGGACCACCACCUGCCACCGCUGCAUCCGGCCCACCCGGCCCAUCCGGCGCACCAGCAGUCCGCGCUGCAUCACCAUCAUCAGCCGCACCAGGCUGUGGCCCAGAGCUUCUCCACCAUUUUUCCGACGUAUCUCGGCAUGGACCGCGGGGCCGGCGGCUGCGGCGUGGUCACCAGCUCCGCCACCGCCCUCGGCCCGGGCGGCAUAAGCAACGGCGGUGGGGUCGGUGUCAGUGGAGCCCUCAGCGGCCUGGAGGCCAUGUCGGCCGAGUCCACAGGUCUGUGUCUGCAGGAUCUGGUGAGCGCUGGCACGGCCAACGGCGCUGGCUCGGCAGGAUCCGCGGAGAGCGCAAACACCACGAGCACCGCCCUGAGCAGCGGCAGCACUGGCAGCUCCACUGUGAAUGGCGGUGGCAGCAGCACCUCUGGAACAGAGCACCUCCACAGCCACCACAGUCUGCACGAUUCGAGCUCCUCGGUCAGCAUCUCACCCGCCAUCUCGAGUCUGAUGCCCAUCAGCAGCCUCAGCCACUUGCAUCACUCGGCCGCCGGCCAGGAUCUGGUCGGAGGCUACUCCCAGCAUCCGCAUCACGGCGUCGUACCGCCUCACACACCGAAGCACGAGCCGCUCGAGAAACUCAGAAGCUUGUUCUUUUCAGUUUGGGCCGAAACUGGCGAUUUCCGUGAUAGUCAUAGCUCCAUGACCGCCGUAGCGAAUAGUUUGGAUAGCACCCAUUUGAACAACUUCCAGACAUCGUCGACAUCCACGUUAACGAACCGGAGUCGGGAUCGCAAAGAUGGGAAUCGCAGUGUCAACGAGACCACCAUCAAGACGGAGAACAUAUCCAAUUCGGGGCAUGACGAGCCUAUGACCACCAGCGCGGAUGAGCCGAAGAACGACAAGAAGAACAAGCGGCAGCGGCGCCAGCGGACCCACUUCACCUCCCAGCAGCUGCAGGAGCUGGAGCACACGUUCAGCCGCAACCGCUAUCCGGACAUGUCCACCCGCGAGGAGAUCGCCAUGUGGACCAACCUCACGGAGGCGCGCGUCAGGGUCUGGUUCAAGAACCGCCGGGCCAAGUGGCGCAAGAGGGAGCGCAAUGCCAUGAAUGCCGCUGUGGCUGCGGCGGACUUCAAGUCCGGAUUCGGGACACAGUUCAUGCAGCCGUUCGCCGACGAUUCGCUGUACACGUCGUAUCCGUACAACAACUGGACAAAGGUGCCCUCGCCGCUGGGCACCAAGCCCUUCCCCUGGCCCGUCAAUCCACUGGGAUCGAUGGUGACGGGCAAUCAUCAUCAGAACUCUGUGAACUGCUUCAACACGGGCGCCAGCGGCGUGGCGGUGAGCAUGAACAACUCGAUGCUGCCCGGAUCGAUGGGCUCCACGCUGACCAACUCGAACGUGGGCGCCCCCUGCCCGUACACGACGCCCGCCAACCCGUACAUGUACCGCUCUGCCGCCGAGCCCUGCAUGAGCUCCAGCAUGUCCUCGAGCAUCGCCACCCUGCGGCUGAAGGCCAAGCAGCAUGCCACCGGCUUCGGCAGCCCCUACUCGGCCCCCUCGCCCGUCUCGCGCUCCAACUCCGCCGGGCUCUCCGCCUGCCAGUACACGGGCGUGGGGGUCACGGACGUUGUCUGAGAAAACGCGCUCGGUGCUCUGCUUAACCAGCAUCAGCACCACUUGCAGCACUUUUCCACCCACCAGUCGGCGGGAAUGGGAGUGGGCGUCGGUGUGGGAGUGUCGCACAAUGGGAUGCAGCAGCACCUGGGGGGUGGCCAUGGACACGGCAACGGCAUGCUGCACGGCCAUGGCCACAGCAGCAACAACAGCCUCCUGAUGGACCACAGCGACCUUGGCCAUUCCGAGGAGGCAGCUGGCGGAGGGGGACACAGCAUCGAGGGAGACAACAAGUCGUCUCUGGACUCCAACGGACUGAUGUCCGGCGGAGGCACCUCCAGCGGUGGAGGCGGGGGCGGCGGCACCAACGACAACGUCGACGAGGGGGAGGAAGACGUUAUCGAUUGAGGGAAUCCUGAAAUAAUGGAGCUACUACGAGUAAAUAAUUCAAUCUAUAGGCAAAGCAAAGUCGGAGGAGGAGAGUAAGCUUAAGCAUUCAGAAAUAAUUUUAGAUGUUUGCGUAAUUUACGGAUAAAUAACGUACCAAACCCCAGACCCGAACCCGCACCCGAGAGGUUGCCCUUUGCCCCUAUCAAAAUGCAAAUUUUUCAAAGAACAAUAAUUAAAUUUAUGAAAUCCAGAGAGUGGUAAGAGGAGGAGAGGAGAGAGUGGAGGAUGUGUUGUGAGGAAGAUUAAUUAGCUUUCGAUUGGAAUUGGAAAUUGAAAUUGCAUUCUGUUGGUGCUUUUUUUUGUUGAGAUUAAAUGCUAAUUACGUUCGAUCUGCCCCGCCCCCAGCCCCUACACUCACACACACACAGAGUCAGUCGAUGGUAGAAGUUAAGUGUUUUUGUAAAUAAAAGCAAAUAUGUAGCUAUAGUCCGCAUCUGUAUCUAAGGGAUACAGAAAGUAUAAUCAAAUCCCAGCUCAACCUUCCCCUUCCCGAUCGGCGGCACUCGCCAGCCAAGAGUAUAACAUAUAUCCUAUAUAUAUAGAUAGAAAGGUAUACAUAUAUACCAGAAACGUAUCACGAUCAAGUCAAAGUCAAAAGUCAAAAUGUAUUGUAACUAAACCAAACCAAAACUAAACAAAAAAGAAAAACUAUAUCAAAGCCGUAGCAGUUUUUAAGGAGUUGUCUAGUCGUAUGGAUCCGCCA